ACUUCCCAAAGUGGAACACUAGGAAAAGAAUUUUUGUUGUUUCGCUGAAUCCUCAUUUUCUCAUUUUUUCUCAUAUAUAUUCUGCUGCGAAAUCUGGACAACUUGAGGGUUGAUCGCGGUGUCGACAUCUGCUUAUCUCAGUCACUCUAAACGAACUACCUCACAAAAUGGCUUCAACAGAACAAUCCAUGGAUCUCCCUGUGAUUGACCUCGAUGUCUACCUAAACAACCCUCUAGACUCAGAGGCCGUUCAAGAAGAGUGCAGGAAAGCAGCCAACGCCCUCAUCACAUACGGUGCUCUCGUCCUCCACGACAGCCGAGUCUCAGAGGAGGAUAACUCAACUUUCCUCGACAUUCUCGAAGAUUACUUUGCUCAACCCGAAGAGGUUCUCAGAAAAGAUGAGAAACCCGAGCUGAGCUAUCAAAUCGGUGUCACAUUAGAGAAUACCGAAAAGCCCAAGUGUGCUGUUGAUGAGCCAUGCCUCGAUGUCAUUCAGAGACUCGAUCCUUCACAAAGACCGUUGGAUAUUUCAGCCCACUCACCCGAUCCCAAGUGCAGAUUCUUCUGGAGAAUGAGCGAGCAACCGCCUUUUGAGACUCAGUUCCCUGGGUUGAACGCCCCGAACGUGGUCCCUGAAGCCCCUCAUAUCAGGGACCGAUGGGAGCCAGUCAUGAACCAGUGGGGGACGUCCAUGAAAAGCGCUGUAUCCAAGUUGGCAGAGAUGACCGCUGUUGGUCUAGACCUACCAGCUCAGUUCUUCAGUGAUGCUGGAAAAUACGGACCUCAUCUUCUUGCCCCAACAGCUUCAGACCUGGUCAAGUACGGCGAAAAGAACACCAUCUUGGCCGGCUUUCAUACAGAUCUUAACUUCCUCACCAUCCAUGGCCGCUCCCGCUACCCUGGUCUUCACAUCUGGGCACGCAACACCGGAAACCGUAUUGCCGUCAAGAUCCCACCAGGAAACUACCUCCUUGUCCAAGCAGGCAAGCAAAUUGAGCACAUCACUGGUGGUCUCAUCAAAGCUGGCUUCCACGAGGCCAUUGUGAAUGAGAAGACCAUCGAGACCAUCGAGAAGAGGAAGCGAGACUUCCCUGAUAGACCUCUGGUCAGAAUCUCGAGUACCCUAUUCUGGCAUCUUGGCAGUGACGUCGAUCUCAACCCCAUUCCCAAGCUCGUAGCCAGGGCAAAGGAAGUCAGAGAGCGACAGAAAGAGCUUGGAAGAGACGAGGGACGUGAGGUUGAGUAUCCUCCCAUGAAAGUUGGACACCAAGUACAGGAGGAACUGAAGCACAUUGCUUUGAUGGCUUAAAGAGCGCAGCUAUUUAGCGAAGAGCGAUGAUUUAUGACUUGAAGAUCUCAGAGACGACUUGCUAUGACGACAGGAUACAGGCUGUGGGAUGAGGCUCAUUUGUGUUGAACUCGAAUGAAACCCAGCUGUAGAUACGCCUUGCUUGACAGUUGCUCAGAUAUGAAAACACGAAGGCCUUGGUGCUACUCGUCUCACUAUACGUGCUUAUCUGAUUGUAUAUUGUCCGCUCUGUAUUCAGUUCCCAGAACACAAUGCAACGGAUCGUCCACGUACACCAUGACAUGCUACUUACAUCAGUGUCACCCGGCACUUCCUAGACAUGUACGCCUUCGUUGGAAGUCGGGGCGACACAUCUUUCCGAGACAUCACUUGCAGGGACAGGUCGAGUAUAUCAAACAGAACAUCAUGAUGUUAUUGUUUUCUUGGUAACCAUAAUCUCUUCCAAAUCCUUUCAAGUCUCCUUCUCACGGGGGAGAGUAGUCUCAGGCACCUUACCGCCCACGGAUCCACCAUGAUCAGAACCAGUCUCCUCGGGAACAGCGUUUUGGUUCACAGUAGUGUCAUUGGCAGCAGGGGGGAACUCCUCACGCCAAAAGUCCUUCUUUCCGUGGGCCAGACGGUUCAACCAAGGGGGCAAGAAACCACCGGGAAUGCGCCAAGUCCAACCAUCUCUCUCCUCAUAGUUGGGAGGCACAAUACGACCACCGGAAACAACCUUGAUAACCAAAACGACGGUGUUGAUCAAUAUAUAUGUGCAGAUACCAGCAAUCAGACCAUCAGCAAUGGAGUACGCAAAAGGCAUGAUCGCAAUGGUGAGGAAAGCAGGAACGGCAUCACCCAUGUAACGCCAGUUGAUCUCAGUAACCGCGCCAACCAUCAUGGAACCAACAAGAAUCAGAACGCAGCCGGUAGCCCAGGGGGGGAUGGAAGCAAAAAUGGGCGCAAAGAAGAUGGAAAUGAAGAAGCAGAUGCCGGCAACCAUGGCGGUCAGACCAGUCUUUCCACCCUCAGAAAUACCGGCGCCAGACUCGACAAAAGCAGUGACAGGGGGAACACCGAAAACAGCGCCAAUGGAAAUGCUGAGGGCGUCAACCAUGUAGGCAAUUGAGGAGCCCUCAAAGUCCUGAGUAACGGGGUCGACGAGGUUGGCGAAACGAGCCAUACCAUACAGAGUACCGGUACAAUCCAGGAUAUCGACAUACAAGAAGGUGAUGAGCGCAAGACCGAACUGACCACUGUGACCAGAAAUGUUGAACUGGAGGACGUUAAGGGUCUUCUUAAUCUCAUGGAAAUCGACAACCUUCUUGAAGAAGUUGAAUCGGUCGUCACCAAGGGCAUCGUAGGGGAAAUAUGACACGGGGGUGUCUCGUGGCCAGGAGAUGAUGCUGACAAGAAGAAUACCAGCAAUGAUGGCACCCUUGACGCGGUACAUCAUGAGCAAUACGGUGAAGAUACCGCCACAGAAGAUACCGAUCCACAGGGUAGGACUUCUCAUCUUCUGCGAGGAAGGGCACAGACCGGUGUCAGGGUCCCGAUAUUGCGACUCACAACCCGCGAGUUCCAUAGGAGUGGAAACGGCACCAACGAUCAGACCGAUACCCUCGCUAUAAGUGAGACCGAUGAGCGUCAAGAACAGACCGAUACCGACACUAGUGGCGAGCUUGAUGCAGCGGGGGAUGGCGCGAGCAAGCCAUUGACGCAUACCGAAGAGAGCAAGACCGAAGAAGAUGAAGCCUUCAAUGAAGAUGGCUGUAAGGGCAAGCUCAUAAGGGACGGGGCCAGAGCCGCUGGGGCCAACGACGGUGUAGGUGAAGUAGGCAUUGAGACCCAUACCGGGAGCGAGACCGACGGGAAGGUUGGCAAGCAAACCCAUGAAGAAAGUAGCCAGAGCAGAAAUGGCAGCAGUAGCAGUGACAGCAUCACGCUUGACCUCGGCAACACACAGCUGGUAAGCUUCGUCGGGGACGCAAGCGCCGUCCUUGUAAGUAGGGCAAACACAUGGACCACCAGAUUCAGAAACAAUCGAGGAGUUGACAGCAAUAAUGUAGGCCAUAGCGAAAAAGGUGGCGAGACCAGCUCGGAUCUCAGUGAAGAAGAGAGAGCCCUUGCGCUCACGAGGCUAAUUGGAAAGAGCAUUAGCUGUGAAGUUGAUAUCGGAGGUGGCCGAUUUGACUUACAUGACCGGAACCCUCGAGUUGGAACCAACGUCCAACAGGACUGGCCGCAAUCUUGCGGUUGGUCUUGUCCAUCCAACCCAUCUUGAAGACUAAGUUGACAAUGACUAUGCGACAAAAAGGUAUUCAAAAAUUGAGCAAAACUCAAAAGCCACAGGACAAGUGUGAUCAGCGUGCUGAGAAGCUCGAGAUUGAAAGCUGAAUUGACAGACGGGAGGCAGCUGUCUUUAAACUAAUGGCGAUCCCAAGGGUUCGACGAACGUCCUAGACUCCUUUACAGUUAGCUCCUGUAUUGGCCAAGUCUAGACAGAUAGAUAGCCAACGGUAUGUCGCCGAUAAAGAGGGUCGGAGGCGGCCGAGGAGGCUAAUGGAGGGACAACGGAGGUUAUGUAUGUGGUGGGAUAGGCAAUGGGGGUCCAAGCCCAGAUAUCUUAACUGGGGGAGAUAAGAGACUGGGGAACUAGGGAACUGGGGUUUUAGGAAUUGGGUGCAUGUGAACAAGGGUGCAUUGGCGCGAGGUCUAAAACUAUGCAUAGAUGAGGUUGUACAUUGAUGCGCGAGGGCGACAAAAGAUCCAGGGAAGGCAACGGACGAGAGACUUACCGAUAGAAGUACAAAAGAGGCGUCGGCUGGUAUCUUAGUACGUGGUGCAAGGCAAGCCAGCAAUGUAAUCCAAUGCAAUGCGAACGCAGUGUACUUUAAGAUGCAAUUGACGGCUGAAAUAGGUAGACAAAGAUGUGACGGAAUCGUAAAGAGUCCCGAUCGCAAUCUGUCGAGUAAUAGAGGG